AUAACCCUUGGAAUGUGUCAUAUCCGGGACAGUUUGGCGAAAUGGUCAUGGCCGAGGGUACAGUUGUUCUGAGGAGAAAUCGUCCAGGGACCAAGGCGAAGAAUUUUUACAACUGGCCCGAUGAAUCUUUUGAGGAAAUGGACAGCACACUGGCUGUGCAACAGUACAUUCAACAAAAUAUUCGCUCAGACUGCUCAAACAUAGAACACAUUCUGGAGCCUCCAGAAGGACAGGAUGAGGGCGUGUGGAAGUAUGAGCAUCUGAGGCAGUUUUGCCUUGAACUCAAUGGACUUGCUGUCAAACUUCAGGGAGAGUGCCAUCCAGACACAUGUACUCAGAUGACUGCCACAGAGCAAUGGAUAUUCCUCUGUGCCGCUCACAAGACGCCCAAAGAGUGUCCUGCUAUUGACUACACUAGACACACCCUGGAUGGGGCUGCCUGCCUGCUGAACAGUAACAAAUAUUUCCCUAGCAGAGUGAGUAUUAAGGAAUCUUCUGUAGCAAAGUUGGGUUCAGUCUGUCGGCGAAUCUACAGGAUAUUCUCUCAUGCCUACUUCCACCACCGCCAGAUAUUUGAUAAAUAUGAGAAUGAGACGUUCCUGUGCCACAGGUUCACACGCUUCGUGAUGAAGUACAACCUCAUGUCAAAGGACAAUCUGAUCGUGCCCAUCAUGGAGGACGAGGAGGACGCGGAGGCCGGACAGAGCCCUGGCACUGGAGAGAGUGACGCCUGAGGAGCUCGAACAGAUCCUCGAGACGGACGUGACCAAACACACGUCACACACAAGCAGGAAGCACGCAUACGCACAAAUACACUCACACAAACACACACUCACACUGCCAAUGCCAAGUACCUUAGACAUGCUCAUUCACUUGCUGCUGUUCCAUACAUCCAAGAAUAGGUCCUUGAUGUGAGUUUAGAUUACGUCUAUUGUGCCAAAACUAGUGUAGACUGUCACUCCAUCCUGGAUCUUGAAAAGCACACACACAUAUCUUCUGGGUUGGUGGCAUUGCUACACCCACAGCUUUCAUAUGUCCAUGGGCCAAUUGCACUAGCACACCCGCCUAAACCAUCUGACUAUCUCACUGCCUGCCUUCCACCGCAUGCUUACUAACAUACAGGCUGUUGCACUCCUGCCUGGAAUUUGGAUCACGUAGACCUUUAAAUUCUAUAUCUGCCAAAUGAACACUACCAUUACAUGACCUGUGUGCAUGUGGGUGUGUGUGUGAUGAAUUCUUUACCAUGUGGUAAAUGGGACAGUUAUAAUCAGCUGGCUGGUGAGGAGAAACUAAGAAAAAAGAAAGUGUAUGUUAGGUGACACUGUGGGUACUUUGCAGGACAAUGCUGUUCUUUAAAGGGAGAAUUAAAUGCAUUUCUCAGUCUUGAGAGAACACUGUAUUUUUCGCUUAGCCAUGUCAACAUGUUUUUUCAGCUCUAUUUUUCCUUUCCAUCUCCCCAAGGUCAUUUAUUUAACUUAUUGUUUCUAACAGGGAUGAGGAAUAUUGUAUAUUAAUACAGUCCCAGUUUUGUAUUGUCAUAUAACAAAAACAUCAUUGACAUUUAUAUGUGAAAUAAAUUACAGUUACUCAGA